UAUGAUAUAUAAUAUGAAGUCCUUGCCGACAAAUGUCAUUUACGCCUGCAGGGAACACGUCAAACCUCACAUACUGAAUUAUCACCUAGCACCAAAAAGUUGCAGGUAUCGAGGUUCAGCAUCAUGCGGCAAUUGAUCCCGGCAAUCCUGUUUGUGGGCGUGUUCUUUUUCACAGCUUCUGCUUUCAAGCUUCCUGCUGAUGACUUCACUGUGCAAGGCACAUUUGGCGAUAAUUCCAAGGAGGCUGCCGCAGAAGCCAUCUUAAUAGGACACAUUCUGCGCACCGCUGCAAGAGAACUUGAGCAGUACGAUGAUCAUAGCAGUGAGAUCGACGAAUACUCUUUUAAAAGCUUUUGGGCAAAGCUGAAGGAGGCACUGAAGAAGGGAACUGAAAAGGCCGCCAUUUUUCUAUACGACCUGGCGAAAGAAGUGAAAAGCUCUCUGAAAGAAAUCAUCGUAGCAGCGGCGGACGCGGCAGUCAAGACAUCUAAAGAAAAGGCGAAGGAAAAGGCCGUCCUAAUUGUGACAAAAGUCAUGGACAAAAUUGCGGCCGAAAUGAAAUUGCCAGAGGUCAACAGCAACGCCGAAUUUACCAAGCUUCUGAUCAAGGGUCUCGAGCAAGUUGGGCGAUCACUUAUUGAGGAAGGCUCAGAAAUUUUGAAACAAUAAAAACAAUUCCACAAUCUCUGAA